CAACCUUUUUUUUUUUUGGUCAUAUUAUUUUUAUUCCAGCUUCAUUAAUUAAUUAAUAUGGACUCUCACAAUCUUCACACUUGAACAAGGGUUUCAGUUUCCCAUAGAUCCAUAUAGCUCACACCCGACGAUGAACCGUGACGUGUCACAGCCGUUAGCCACGUCACCGGUUCUCAAAACCGAAACAACAACUGAUCGGCGUUACGUUAUUAAACCGGAAUCGAACGGUUCGGUUAAUGCUCCGGUUCGGAAUCGUGACACUAACGGCGUCGUUGUAUACACAAGGAACAAGAGAUUGAAAAGUAACGCUAAUGAGCGUAGUGGCAUAGUUGUAAUUAACGAUGUAACGGAGGGUAAUUCCGGAAUCCCAGUGUUGAAGUGUAAUUCAAGUGGUAAAGUCGUAAUUAACGACGAAACAAAGGGUAUUUCCGUAAUUCCAGUGCGCAACGGUGAGAAUGUUGUCGUCGAAGAAGAACCGAGUGGUGGCAAAGUUGUAAUUAACGAUGUAACCGAGGGUAUUUCCGUAAUUCCAUUGUGCAACGGUAGCGUUGAAGAAGAACGGAGUGAUUUGAAGUGUAAUUCAAGUGGCAAAGUUGUAAUUAACGAUGAAACUGAGGGUAUUUACGGAAUUCCAGUGUGCAAGCGAUUGAAAAGUGCGGCUAAUGAGUGUAAUUCAGGUGGUAAAGUUGUAAUUAACGAUGAAACAAAGGGUAUUUCCGUAAUUCCAGUGUGCAAUGGCAGCGUUGAAGAAGAACUGAGUGAUUUGAGGUGUAAUUCAAGUGGUAAAGUUGUAAUUAACGAUGAAACAAAGGGUAUUUCGGGAAUUCCAGUGCGCAACGGUGGCGUUGAAGAUGAACCGAGUGAUUUGAGUGGUAAAGUUGUAAUUAACGAGGUAACAGAGGGUAAAAUGGUGGAAAUUGAAGUCAAAGAGGAGUCAACGUUAACAGUCAACUGUGUUACUACUGUUAAUGUGGAACCACUUAAUAUGUCUAAUGAGAAUUUGGAACUGUUGGAAGGUAAAUUGAUUACAUGUGGUGAAGUUCAUGAUAGUAAUGGUGUGUCUGUAUUGAGUAGUAGUAUGGAAAUAUCGAAGAAGAUAUCGAUUAUAGGAAGACCUACUACUGUUAAGGAGCUUUUCGAAACUGGUUUGCUUGAGGGAUAUCCAGUUUUUUAUAAUGGUGGCAAGAGGGGAAUUCCACUGAGGGGAACAGUCAAAGAUAUUGGAAUUCUAUGUUCUUGUGAUCUGUGCAAGGGUGCCAGGGUUGUUCCUCCUUGCAAAUUUGAGAUCCAUGCAUGUAAAACAUAUAGACGUGCAUCACAGUAUAUCUGCCUGGAGAAUGGGAAGGGUCUCCUUGAUGUGGUCAAAGAAUGCAGGAAAGGUUCUUUGAAGAAUUUAGAAGCAACAAUUCGGAGCUUCAUUGGCCCGAUUCCUGUGAAAGAAAAUAUCAUAUGUCAGAAUUGCAAAAGGUAUUUUGCUGCAACCUCAGUUGGAAAAAUUGAUCAAAUUUGUGAUUCUUGCGUAGUCUCUUUAAGAUCAGAAGCCACUCCAACUCAGUCAAUAAAAGUUGAAGCUGGGAUAUUUGAGCCCGUUCUGAACAUAAAUUCCUCCGAAACUUCAACUGCGUCAGAUACUUCACUAAAAAGGAGUAGAGGAAGAAAAAAGAAAAAGGAUGUGGAAAUAUAUUCAAGGAAAAAGUCCCUCAGAAUAUCUUCGGCGCAUAUAAUCUCAGGAAGGAGGGAUCAGUUGAAGACACCAAACAGGUUAUCCAAUCCAGUUCUUUCUCCACACUCAAAUGGAGCUGCCACGAUGUGCAACUCUUUCAGAGAUAAGAUGCAGAGCAAGAUCUCAAAAAAAUUGUCGAAAUCCAUUGCAGCUUCGAGUUCCUUGAAAAUUGGUUCUCUUGGUGUUUCAGUACACUCUAGGACCCAAUGGAAAAUUACAAAAAAGGAUCAAAAACUGCAUUGGUUGGUUUUUGAGGAAGGUGGACUGCCCGAUGGGACUGAGGUAGCUUAUUAUUCUCGUGGAAAGAAAUUGCUCAUUGGUUAUAAGCAGGGAUCUGGUAUAUUUUGUUCUUGCUGCAAUUCUGAGGUUAGUCCAUCACAAUUUGAAGCUCAUGCAGGUUGGGCGUCUCGCAAAAAACCCUAUGGAUACAUUUACACUUCAAAUGGAGUGUCCCUGCAUGAAUUUGCUAUAUCCCUAUUGAAAGGCCGUAAGUCUUCUGUCAAAGACAGUGAUGACCUGUGCAUCAUAUGCGCAGAUGGUGGAAAACUGGUGCUUUGUGAUGGAUGCCCAAGGGCCUUCCAUAAAGAAUGUGCAUCAUUGUCAGCUGUUCCCCUUGGUAAAUGGUACUGUAAGUAUUGUGAAAACAAGUUUCAGAGGGAGAAGUUUGUGGAGCACAAUGCAAAUGCUGUUGCUGCUGGGAGGGUUUCUGGUAUUGAUCCCAUAGAGCAAAUAACCCAACGUUGCAUUCGUAUUGUCAAGAACCCAGAAGAGGCAGAAGUUAUAGCAUGUGUUUUGUGCAGGUGUUACGAUUUCAGUAAAUCUGGAUUUGGUCCACGCACAGUUAUCCUUUGUGACCAGUGUGAGAAGGAAUAUCAUGUUGGCUGCUUGAAGAAACGCAAGAUAGCUGAUUUAAAGGAGCUGCCUAAAGGAAAAUGGUUCUGCUGUGUGGAUUGCAAGAGGAUCUAUUCUGCACUGCAAAAUUCGCUGAACUCGGGAGAAGAGAAGCUGUCAGAAUCUUGCCUGGGCGCUGUAAGAAUGAAGCUAAGGGAAAAGCGUUUGGAUUUUGUUGGUGUUCCUGAUGUGAGAUGGAGACUUCUAAGUGGCAAAAUUACUUCUCGUGAAACCAGAGUGUUACUAGCAGAAGCUGUUUCAAUUUUCCAUGAUUGCUUUGAUCCUAUUGUUGAUUCGGCAACUGGACGUGAUUUCAUUCCAUCUAUGGUCUAUGGAAGGAAUAUUAGGGGCCAAGACUUUGGGGGCAUGUACUGUGCUAUAUUGACAGUAAACUCAAUAGUAGUAUCAGCAGGGAUCCUCCGUAUUUUUGGUCAGGAUAUGGCAGAGCUUCCUCUUGUGGCAACACGUAUUGAUAGCCAGGGCCAGGGUUACUUUCAGUUGCUUCUCUCCUGUAUAGAAAAAUUGCUUGCAUUCUUAAAUGUAAGAAAAUUUGUACUCCCUGCUGCUGUUGAAUCAAUGUCAAUAUGGACCGAGAAAUUCGGAUUCAAAGAGAUCCCACCAGAUCAGCUUGUCAGCUACAAAAAAACCUGUUGGCAAAUGAUUACCUUUAAAGGAACAUCUAUGCUGGAAAAAAUGGUUCCUAAAUGUCGAAUCAUUCGGCAUGAGGAAACUGAAACUGAUGCACCAGAUGAGUAGUAGUAGGCUGCAAAUAGGAUUUUUUUCCAUUCAACCCAUUUUGUAGAGAGAUUUCUGACCACAUGUAUAUAUUAGAAUCUUAUUUAAUCAAAGAGGAUGAGUUGAACUUUACAAAUUAUGAAUUUGAGAGGAUCAAAAUUUUGUAAAGAAGGUUCUUAUUACUUAAAAGUCAAUGCUGUUGCAUGUUUAUAAGUUA